AAACAUGCAACAACGCACAUCGAGCAUCGAUUGCCGGACUUAGUUUAUAAAUCGCGCUGCUGGUGCGAGCAGCGGCAUUAGACGUUUUUUUCGCAGAAAGAGCAUUGAAAAUGACUUCGAGAGUCUCGAUAAUCGGGCUUGGCCUCGUGUGCUGUUGUUGGCUAUCGGUACUGUUUUUGGUGGUGGUAUCGGCCGCGAGCGACGACGCGAAGGACAAAGACUCGCCGAAGCUCGACGUCAUCUGCCUGGGCUGCAUCUGCGAGGCGGCCUCGGGCUGCAACCAGACCCUGGGCUGCGUCGGCGACGUCUGCGGGCCCUUCCACAUCACCCAGAUCUACUGGACGGACUCGGGCAAGCCCACCCUGGACAGCGACAAGCCCGAGGCUACGGACGAGGAGGCGUUCGCUCGCUGCGUGAAUGACGUCAACUGCGCCGCGCGAGCCGUACAAGGAUACAUGGAGAAAUACUCGCAGGAUUGCAACGGCGACGGCGUGAUCGACUGCGAGGAUUACGCGCGCAUCCAUUAUCUCGGCGGCUACGGCUGUUCGGCGGCUGCCAAGCUCGACAAGAACUACGCCAAAGCUUUCAACUUCUGCCAGAAGGCAUUCCAAGCUGUCUAAUAUAUAAGCGAUAUAAUGUUGUAAAAAAAAAAAAAAAUAAACUACAUAAAUAAAAGCAUCGAUUUCUGUUUCUACA